CGGUCUUCUUCACUUCACAACCCAACGGUUUUUGCUCAUUUCUCCACUUCCGGCGAGCCAAAUCCAAAACCAAGCUCAGAACCAUUCUUGCCUCAACAAAAGAGGCCUUCGCUGAGAAUUUGGGAAGAUUUGGGCCAUCUUUUUUCCACCCGAAGUCGCCGCCGGCAAGCCUCCGAUGAGAGUCCGACGAGCUUCCGACGAAGCUCCAGUGACCUUCUCUGGUCUGUUUUCGGCCAAUUUUCACCUUCCUCACCCUCACCUCACUUCCUCCUACGUCCUACUUGAGUCUCCAGGUUGGUUUUAAGCUCUACCUUAUUUAUUUUGGGAAAAUCAGAUUAGGUAGUGAAGUGAGGGGAAUUUUAGUAAAUUGAUUGUUGAACUUCGAAUUAGGGCGAGGAAUUAGGUGAAUUAGGGUGAUUGAAUGAUGUUGCUUGAACUUAUGGGAGCCUUGGUGGGCAUGUUUUAAUUCGAAUUGCUUCUAUUUGUGAAAUUUGCCCACCAAGUGCUAAUUGUUGAAUGAUGAGAAAUGUUUUGCUUGAGUGAUGGUUGGUAGCCACCGUGGCAUGGUUCAGGUUUGAAUUUUUGUGUGAGAUAAUCUGUGACCACCUAGAACCAUGAAUCAAUGUGCUUAUGCUUAAUUGCUUUGAUUAGCAUGGAUCCACACUGGAAAUAUAAGUGUGGGGGGAAUUCUUUUUCCUCCUAAUGAGCUGAGAUUGACAAUUAUUUCCACGUAUGGGACAUGUUUGUCAAUUUUAUAGGAAAGUCAGCAUGAACCACCUGUACCUUGUGGCACUAAGAGGAAACCCCAAAACAGAGAGGAAGAUGCGAUUUUGGCCGAGCAAUAACUCCGGAUAACACUGGAAACUCGACUUCAAUCAAUUCGAUAGCCUUCACUGUGGAGAUAUCAUGAGGGAGGCAAUGGUGCACCCAUAAUGGCUUCGACUCCUUGAAAUGGAGGAUAACAUUUUUGAGGAGUUGUGUGUCGAGUUCUUUAGUACCUUCACCAUCCUCAAAAAAAUAGCAUGCUAGGCGCUCGGCUGCGCAGGGUGAAAUUCCACUAGGGUGGAGAGUUGCACAAAAUGUCUUUUGACGAGUUUGGCCGAUCAUUGGGAGUUUACGACAGGAGUGAGGACGAGUGGCAAGAGGACGCCAUCAGAGUUUGAGACCAGAAUGCAACAUAUCGAAGGUAUUGCCUCCCGAAGCACGGACAAACACCAUUUCGAUCGACACUCACAUUGGCAUCCACACUCAAGCCACAGUGGCACAUAUGAGGGGCACUCCACGGGGUUCGAAGAGAGCCCUUUGCGUUCCAUCCGGUUUCUGGGAUCAUUUGGACCAUUCUGGUUCAUUGAGGGAUUACCUUUACCACUAGAGGUCCCACCUCUAGAGCAGCCACUUGCUCGAGCUCCCGGCCGCCGCCGGGGUCCCGUGCUCCAGCGCCCAGCACCACCACCACCACCACCAGCACCACCCACUAGUGAUCCCCUCGUCCAAAGGAUAUAUCGCCUCGAGACCCACGUCGUGGGAUUGACUUCCUGACUCGACCAACAGACCAACCUACUUGAGCAGAUGGCUCGUCGCCAGGUCCUCUUCCAAGAUGAGGAUGAAGGACUUCGAAUUGAGAGAGGUAGCUGACGAAGGAGAUAUGUGGCAGAGCCGAUUCCUUUCACCACACUACUCUACUUGGAACUCUGAACUCUUUUGUUUUAUUUUUCUUUCUUUUAUUUUGUAUGUGAUCAUAAACUACUACUAUCGUAUUGUGAUAUGCAAUAACCUCGCCCCGAGCGAGUCGUAUUGUGUUUGUGUAAGUGUGUUUUUUGUCUUCUCCUUGAAGCUUCAAUCUCCUACCCCAGAACCAAUUCCAACUUUCACUCACCUAGCAAAGUGGUAACAUCGUUCUACCCCUAUCUUACGCCAUUGAGGGCAAUGUCGAACUUAAGUGUGUGUGUGUGUGUGUGGUUGGGGGGGGGGGGGUAGUUUAUUCUUAUGCUUGUGUGAGUGUGAUUGAUGUUGCUGGGAGCCUUGAUGUAUCCCCAAAUUUGAAAAAUUUUGAGUGCUGCAAGCAAUGUUUGCAUGAUCAAAGUGGCUGGUUUGUAGGAGAAUCUCGUGUUUAUUGGCAUUGACCUUGAAUUGUUGCAUGUGAUCGAGUGUGUCCUAUGAUGAUGACUGAGAGGUGCAUUAGGAUAGUGCAAAAUUUUAGUUCUCAUGUGUGCAAAAAUGAAUGGAUUUCUUGACUCGAUUACUUGUUGAUUACAAUUGCCAUGCAUUUUGUUUUGUGAAGUGGAAUGAAUGAUUGGGUGACUAAGGUAGCCAUGUGAGUUUUGAGCAAUCAUUUUCUUCUUGUGUGCUUAGAUCCCUCUUACCAUGGCGAGUAACAUCACAUUAGGAGCUUUUUGCUUGCGAGCUUAAUGGUGUUUGAUAGAACAACCCCCAUCCUUUCUUCGUGUCUAUAGGUGUGUCGUCCUUGUGUCCCGAAGCUCUCGCUUUUGAGUUCCAUUGAGGUUCUACAUAGGAGGAUGGUGUGCGGUUCUUUCUUGGAAUGAAAGAGCAAAGAGUAGAGUUGGAGUUAGUUCUUAAAGGAGAGCAUUGGUUGAUAAAAGUAGUGUGGCAAGUGUUUAGCUCUCUAGUACCCCCCUCAAAAAGAAAAUAAAAAGAAAUAAAAGGAAAGUAGAAAGAGUAAAAAAAGAUAAACGAAAAGAGGUAAUAAAAUGGGGUCAAUAAAAUAGAGAGUGCCACAUAAAAUUCGAAGAGUAUGCUCUAAUUGGGGUUUCUUGGCAUUCAAGCCAUUCAAACACCCCCAUCAUUGUUUUAGAGAUCCUUCACUACCAAUUCGAAAUGUGAUAGCAAGAGUAGAUCAAGGAAGAGCGCUUAAAGGUAGUUCAUGAUGGGUGAGAGGUUGGAAGGGAGAAGCAAGGUUUUUGGCCGAUGCUAGUGGCCAUUGUUCGUAGGGAAGGUUCUUAGUCGAAACUAUAGAUCCUCCGGGUUUAGGGUGAAGAUGUAGGACCUCAUGAUAUGCUUGACACCACCCAAAUAGCAUUUUCCCCAUAUCCAGGACAAUUGCCAGUCAUUUGAACACGUGUCUAAGACCUCCGUACAAGUUGGCGAUGACAACCGUCCCGUGAACUUUAACAUUUAGAGGUUGCCGCCAUGGUGAAGAGAGGAUAGGGCCGACUGUUGAUGAUUGUGCACAUUCUUUGCACCUAAAAUGUCUCGACCCCACUGGUCAAAAGAGUGAGUGAUUUGACACGCUAAAACACAAUACCAAACUGCGACCAAGUGUAUUCGCAGUCCGAAAAUGAAGAAUAGUGGCAAGUUCUAUUUAUCAACCCGGGGUCUAGAUCUACUGCCUACUCCGUGAUUAUCUAUUAUCUAGCAAACUAAGUCGAGUGAUUGUGAUUUUAACUAAAAGCAGUAAGAAAGCAGGAAAUGGUUC